UGCAGGUUCUUUUAGCCUUCUAUCACCAUGAACACCCCUUAGAAUCAGUAUACUCCAUGUUCAUUUCACCUGAUAUUUUGGCUUUAGAACGUUUUCUCUUUUCAGUUAACUACAUCAGUGCACUCCUGUCCUCAGGAAUUAAAAAUGGAAUACCAUAUAUUUUUCUUACCAAGAAAACAUCAUUGGAGUCACCGACACACUUCAGUUUAUAUCGCUCUCCUUUCAGUACUAUGGACACCCGUUAUUUGUCUUGAUCUUAGCCGCUUAGAUGGUGACACUUCGUGUCCAAAGAUACGAGUCGGACAAGAUGACCUUCCAGGUUUUGAUCUGAUCAGCCAGUUCCAGCUGGAUGUCAUCCCACUUAAGGGCGUCAAAAAGGUCGAAGGAUCCACAGCAUUGCAGGUGGCUUACAGACUUGAUAAAGAAGCAAAUUUCCAAAUUCCAACAAGGGUAAUCUUCCCAUAUGGUUUGCCAGAGGAGUAUUCUUUUGUGACAACAUUCCGCAUGGUCAAAAACACUGUCAAUAAAGUAUGGAACGUGUGGCAAAUUGUGGACGAUGAUGGCUACAAGCAGGUGGGCCUGAGACUCAAUGGUGACCAGCAGGCCCUAGAGUUUUUCCUCAUUGGCAUAGACAGCAAUUUGCAGGUGGUCAUCUUUCCAGGACUGUCCCAACUUUUCAAUAAUAAGUGGCACAAAGUGAUGGUGGGUGUGGAGCACGACCAAGUUACACUUUAUCUAGACUGUGAGCCUGUUGGAUCCAAGCCUAUCAAAACCAAGGGAGAAGUCAAUGUACAAGGGGAAACUCUCAUCGGAAGGCUUGACGCUGAUUCCAGUACGUCAGUUGUGUUUGAGCUGCAGUGGAUGCUCAUACACUGCGACCCCCAAAGAGCCCAGAGAGAAUCCUGCUCAGAGUUGCCCGUACAAGAGAGAGUCAUUCCCAAUUCUGAGCCUGACAAUAGAGGCCCAAGACCUGUUCCUGGAGCCCCAGGUCCCCAGGGGCCAGUCGGCCCCCAGGGGCCCCAGGGAGAAAGUGGCAGAGAUGGCCGUGAUGGUAUUCCGGGCCUCCCUGGAUCUCCAGGAAUUCCUGGAACAAAAGGAGAACAGGGGGAAAUCGGUCUCCCUGGACAGAGAGGAUUGCCAGGCCUCCCAGGAGCUGUUGGGCCACAAGGGCCAUUGGGGCCUAGAGGAUCUGUUGGUGAAAGGGGACUUCCUGGCUUUCCUGGUCCACCUGGCCCCCCUGGACCCGAGUCAGUUGGAACUCCAGGGCCUCCAGGAGAACCUGGUGAGCCAGGUGACCCCGGAAAUAUAGGACCUGAGGGUCCAGUCGGUCCAAGAGGCAACCCUGGACUUCCUGGUCCUCCUGGUCCACCUGGCCCACCAGGACCAGAGGGGCCACCUGGUGUAUCCACAGGAGAGGGGAGCGGAGAUUUUUGUCAACCAUCAUGUCCUGCAGGACCUCAAGGAAAUCCAGGACCACCGGGCCUUAAGGGUCACAAAGGCAUCCAGGGUGAAAGAGGAGAGCCAGGAAAACCAGGACAAAAGGGAGAGCCAGGGGCGUCUGGUACACAGGGCAUUCCUGGUAUCCCUGGAAGUCAGGGAGCAAGAGGAAUGAAAGGAUUUCCUGGCAACCCUGGAGACAAAGGUGAUAAGGGUCCUCCUGGGUUCAAUGGGAUCCCAGGACCUACUGGAUCACCAGGCCCAGUGGGGCAAGAAGGUAAGAGAGGGCCCCAGGGUGUGGAAGGUCCCAAAGGAGAUGAAGGUCCAAGAGGUCCACAGGGAGAGGAUGGUACAAAAGGCCAGAAAGGGGAAACUGGAGCUCCUGGUAAAGAUGGAAAUGAUGGAAAUCCUGGAAUUGAUGGCAGUAAGGGAGAACCUGGAUUACCAGGCACUGUGGGUGUCAGGGGUCUUGUGGGAAUCCCAGGGCUACCAGGAGUACCAGGAAUGAAGGGUCAUGCAGGAGAAAAGGGUGAAACAGGAUCCGAAGGGCCAACUGGCCCAGUGGGACCUCCUGGAAAACCAGGGGAGCCGGGGGCAGCAGGAGCAAGUGGAUUACCAGGCCCAAAGGGACCUCCUGGUGAAGGUGGAAAACAAGGACCAGUAGGUGCAACUGGUCCACCAGGAGCUGUGGGUGAACAAGGUGACAAAGGAGACCUUGGUCCUCGUGGUAUAAAAGGACACACUGGAGAAAAAGGAGAGAAGGGGUCAGUUGGUCCUGUUGGUCCAAAAGGAAAUCAGGGAAUUCGGGGUGCAGCUGGGGACCACGGACCCAAGGGGGAUAUGGGCCCUCCGGGUAUCCCUGGAAUUAAAGGAGAGCCAGGAGCUAAAGGAGACAGGGGCCCAAGGGGUCCAGAGGGUGUCCGUGGGUUACCAGGCCACACUGGUCUCACAGGCCCCAUAGGGCCCCGUGGGCUGGAUGGGGAAAGGGGGGUUCCUGGUUCUCCUGGGCCUCGAGGAGCCCCUGGUCUGGAAGCAAGUGAACAGAGAAUCAGGGAGAUCUGCCAGAGCAUAAUUCAAGACCAGAUUGCUGAGUUGACAGCUGAUCUCAAAAGGCCAGCAGCCCAAGGGGCACCGGGCCGACCUGGGCCAAUGGGCCCUCCUGGCCCUGUUGGGCCUGCUGGGUCCACUGGACAUCCUGGACCAAGAGGAUCGAUGGGCCUCAAGGGGCCACCAGGCUUUCAUGGAGCCCCUGGACAGAAAGGUGAGGCUGGGGAAAAAGGAGAAAGUGGAGAAAAUGGAAUUGGAAUCCGUGGGAGUCCAGGACAGCCUGGCCCUCCAGGGGAGCCUGGGAUCCCGGGCAUUGGGAAAGAUGGCCGGGAUGGGGCUCGUGGGGAGCCAGGAGCGCGAGGGGACCCUGGUCUUCCUGGAAACAGAGGGCCGAGAGGCCCUGCUGGGUUAUGUGAUCCUUCAAACUGUGUGGGACCUCCUCCAAUGUUCAUGCCAGUGAGCGGAAAAAAAUCCUCCAGUAUGAAGGGACCUUGAAGAUAAAUUGUUCCUAUGAUAACUUAUGAAAUAAAAAAAACAACAACAAA